AUGGUUCGUGAGCAGUGCUUCCAUCCUGGAAUAGUUUAUUCACAUAACGCUUCCAUUGUGUGCCUUCCGCCCAUUUUUGAGUUAACUCCAGCUUACACAGCCCAAUUGGGCAAACCAGACAAGAACGUACUACUUCCCACUCCCGGAUCAGGCGGCCGAGUUGCUGGCGCUCUCAGCUCGUCUGUGACUCUCGCCAACACACCACUUCCUACUCCCGCCUCUACACCCACUCCGGACACAUUCAACGCAUCCACUCCAAUCGCUUUAUCUGAAAGCCUAGCUCUCAACGCAGUCACUCCCUCGGCGUCUUGCCAUUCCAACGGCGUCGUAACACAUACUAUCUCCUCCGUCCCGACAACUCUACUAGCCGGAGUAGGGUCCAUUGGUACUGUUCAUACAGCCUCCAACAUCACAGCUGGCACCAACGGCGCCAUUCUCCCGACCACCAUUUCUAGCCAAGACUCACACACUGUUAGCCUCGCCCUGAGUGACGGCAUGUCUCUCAUCGGGCAGACGACCGGAAUGGCCCAGACCACUAUCUCCCAACAACAACAACAACAACAACAGCAACAACAGCAGCAACAGCAACACAUAUUUUCUGGCACCACUAUGCCCUUAAUCAACGCUUCACAAGUAGGCAAUAUUGUUUGUUGA